AUGUAUGUCAUCACAUGUAAUCACAACCGGGACCGUACUGGCAUAGCGUCACUUGGAAGCUACGGCCUAGGAGUACCGCAACAGUUUGCUACAGCACUUACAGGUGUCACCGACGCGCUUGGCCCACACAAGGGCUUUUUCUUCUCAGUGCUCUUCGUAAACAUGUUCCAGGCUAUCGUUAGCGCGCUUUACCUUCUCUGCAAUAAUUUGCUGACCGUUAUGGUUGUCGCGGCAGAAUGGAACGCCUACUACAACUUCCGGCGCAAAGCACUAAGAGUCUCGGCCCUAAAAGGAAUUCAGGGCUCUACCUUCUUUCUCUCGCUUCCGUAUAGAUGUUCCGUUACGCUCAUGGUACUAUCUGGCCUGUUGCACUUCUUCAUAUAUCAAAGCGUGUUCGUAGUACAACCAGUCGCCUAUCUGCCUAGAUACGAGCCACAGCGAUUCAUCCAAGCCCCGGGUUUGGAUGUUUCCUGCAUUGGCUUCUCCAGCUUGGGAACCUUUCUAGCGUUAGCAACCGGAUUCGUACUUGUUGUAUAUUUUGUUGUCGUUGGUUUCACGUUCAAAUAUGAGAUGCCAAUUAAUCGGGAAAAGGCACAGGAGGCUGCCGCUCGGCUGUUUCGCAUGCCGGUAACUGCGGUUUCCUACCUGUGCAAUGGAGGCAUGUAA